AUUUUAAUUAGUCUUUUGUGGAAUAUCAGUGAAAACGUGAGUGCUUAAAACAAAUCGGAAUUAUAUUCAAAAAAACUAUCAACAAAAUGAUUAAAGAUACUGUUAUUGUGGCUGGAUUAUUAGCUCUCUGUGCGGCUGCAGUGAUUUAUGUUGAUGCUCAAGCUCAGGUUGAAGGUUGUUUGUAUGAAAAUGAAUUGUGGGGCUCAGAAGAUGGCACAAAAUUUUACUUCUGUUUACCUGGUACCAAUACUGCAAUUGAACAAAGUUGUGCUCCAAAUACAUUCUUUGUGAAAAAUGAUACGGUAUCUGGUUGUAUACCUGCAACGAGCAUGGAUCCAAACUGUGUGAACUUAGAACCAGUAGGUAGCUGUGUUGGUGAUAAUCUAAAUCAGCCUCAACCAAGUAGUGAUCCAACUAAAUAUUACUUAUGUACUUCUGAGAAUGCAACGCCUUUGCAAUUACAAUGUCCAGAUAACAAAGCUUUUGUGAAACAAGAUGGUUAUUUGGGUUGUUUUGAAUGGUCGACAUGGCGCGAUAUUCGAGAUUGUCCAUCGUAAACAUAUAUGAAAAACCAUUCACAAAUUAAAAUAAAGCAGAGUAA